AUGGCUCUCAACCACGCCUCUCACAACCCGACGGGUGAGAAGACUGGCCCCGCUACCGGUCCUCCUCCUCCCGUCUCGAGCGAAACUGCCGCUGCCGUCGCCGAAUCGGCAAAGCAGGAUCCUGUGGGACAGCAAGCGCCAGGCAAGGAUGGCGAGGUGAAGGAGGGCGAGAAGCCCAAGACCGCAAAGCAACUCGAGAAGGAACGCCAGAAGGCCGAGAAGGCGAAGAAGUUCGCUGAGAAGGAAGCUAAGAAGCAGGCACUGGCUGCCGCCACUACGAAGAACGCCACUAAGAAGAAGACCGCUGCCAAGGAGGAGAUUAAGCCCUACGUUGAGGAAACUCCCAAGGGCGAGAAGAAGAUCCUCAAGUCCCUCGACGAUGAGUACCACAAGGCCUACAUCCCGUCCGUCGUCGAGUCCGCAUGGUACGACUGGUGGGAGAAGCAGGGCUACUUCGAGCCCGAGUUUGGACCCGAUGGCAACGUGAAGCCCGCCGGUUACUUCGUCAUCUCCGAGCCUCCGCCCAACGUCACCGGCGCCCUCCACUGUGGUCACGCCCUGGCCAACGCUCUCCAAGAUACCAUGAUCAGAUGGAACCGUAUGAAGGGUCUGACCACUCUCUACCUGCCCGGCUGCGAUCACGCCGGUAUUUCCACCCAGAGUGUUGUCGAGAAGAUGCUGUGGAGGAGAGAAAAGAAGACUAGGCACGACCUCGGCCGCCAGGCAAUGGUCGAGAGGAUUUGGGAAUGGAAGGGCGAGUACCACCAGCGCAUCAACAAUGUUCUGAGGAGAAUGGGAGGUUCUUUCGACUGGUCGAGGGAGGCUUUCACCAUGGACGAGAACCUGUCCAAGGCCGUUACCGAGACCUUCGUCAGGCUUCACGAGGAGGGCCUCAUCUACAGAUCUGACCGCCUCGUCAACUGGUGCACUACCCUUAGGACUGCGCUGUCGAACUUGGAGGUGGACAACAAGGACAUCGAGGGCCGUACCCUCCUCGAUGUUCCCGGUUACGAGCGCAAGGUCGAGUUUGGUGUGAUCACCCACUUCAAGUACCCUAUUGAGGGUUCCGAGGAGACCAUCGAGGUCGCUACCACUCGUCCGGAGACCAUGCUUGGUGAUAGCGGUAUCGCCGUCCAUCCUGAUGACAAGCGCUACAAGCACCUGGUUGGCAAGAAGGCCAAGCACCCCUUCGUUGACCGCCUCAUGCCUAUCGUUGCUGAUACCUACGUCGACCCCGAGUUCGGUACGGGUGCCGUCAAGAUCACCCCGGCGCACGACCCCAACGAUUUUGCCCUUGGCCAGCGUCACAAGCUUGAAUUCAUCAACAUCCUUACCGACGACGGACUGCUGAACCAGAACGGUGGCCAAUUCGCUGGCCAGAAGCGUUUUGAUGUCCGUUACAGUGUUGUUGAUGAGUUGACCAAGCUCGGCCUCUUCGUCAAGAAGGAGAACAACCCCAUGAGGAUUCCCCUUUGUCAGAGGACCAAGGACGUCAUUGAGCCUAUCGUCAAGCCCCAGUGGUGGAUGCGCAUGAAGAGCCUUGCUGAGCCGGCCAUUGAGGCCGUCCGCAAUGGCGACAUCAAGAUCAGGCCUGCUACUGCUGAGGCCGACUACUUCAGAUGGCUUGAGAACAUCCAGGAUUGGUGCUUGUCGAGGCAGCUGUGGUGGGGUCACCAAGCCCCCGCCUACUUCGUUGAGAUUGAGGGCGAGAACAACAGCGAUUCCGAUGACCAGUACUGGAUCGUCGGUCGCACCGAUGAGGAGGCUCAGGAGAAGGCGGCGAAGAAAUUCCCUGGCAAGAAGUUCACCUUGAGGCGUGAUGAGGAUGUCCUGGACACCUGGUUUUCGUCUGGUCUUUGGCCUUUCUCCACCCUUGGCUGGCCCAACGAGACUCCCGACAUGGCCAAGCUGUACCCGACCAGCGUCCUCGAGACUGGCUGGGAUAUCCUGUUCUUCUGGGUUGCCCGUAUGAUCAUAUUCGGUCUUAAGCUUACUGGCAACGUUCCGUUCAGGGAAGUUUACUGCCAUUCUCUCAUCCGUGACUCAGAAGGCCGCAAGAUGUCCAAGUCUCUUGGUAACGUCAUCGACCCUGUGGACAUCAUGGAGGGCAUCCAACUCAACCAGCUUCACGAGAAGUUGCUGGAGGGUAACCUCGACCCCAAGGAGCUCAAGACUGCUACCAAGUACCAGCAGACAGCUUUCCCUCAGGGUAUUCCCGAGUGCGGUGCCGACGCGCUGCGCUUCUCCCUCGUCUCGUACACCACUGGUGGCGGUGACAUCAACUUCGACGUUAAGGUCAUGCAUGCCUUCAGACGUUUCUGCAACAAGGUCUACCAGGCCACAAAGUAUGUCCUUGGCAAGAUCGAUGCCGACUACGUGCCUCCGGCUACAGCCGAUAAGACUGGCAAGGAGACGCUUGCGGAGCGUUGGAUCCUUCACAAGCUCAGCAUUGCCUCCAGGGACGUCAACAAAGCUUUGGAGGACCGUGAGUUUGCCAAGUCGACUCAGAUCGCUUACCACUACUUCCACGAUGACCUUUGUGAUGUCUUCAUUGAAUAUACCAAGCCCAUCAUCCAGGACGGAACCCCCGAGGCCCGUCGCUCCGCCAUCGACACGCUGUACACGGCUCUCGAGGGCGGUCUGACGAUGCUUCACCCCUACAUGCCUUUCUUGACCGAGGAGCUCUGGCAGCGUCUGGCGCGCCGGCCCGGCGACAAGACCGAGACCAUCAUGCGUGCGGCUUACCCGCAGUACCGUCCGGACUGGGACGACGCGGCGUCGGAGGCCAGCUACGAGAUGAUCCUCGACGCGGCGGCGGCGGCGCGCAGUCUUGCCGCCCAGCACGGCGUCAAGAACGCCAAGGCGGCGGUCAAGCUCCACAAGGGCGACGACAAGGAGGCUGCUGGUAGCAUCAUCAGCGUGCAGUGGCUGUCCGGCAAGGCUAUCAGCGAGGUCAAGCUGCUCGCCGAGGGCGACGCGGAGCCCGCUGAGGGCUGGGCGAGCAACACGAGCGAGAAGGGUAGCAAGGUGUUCGUUGAGGUGCCCGCUAGGCCGCUGAGUGAGGAGAAGAAGGUGCAGGAGCUGGAGAAGAAGUUGGAACAGACUAAGGUGUAG